CCAGGUUGUCAGGCUGACUUCUGGGGCCCCCACUGCACUAACCGGUGCCAGUGUCAGAACCGGGCCCAGUGUAACCCCAUCACGGGGGCGUGUGUGUGUACGGACGGGUACCAGGGCUGGCGCUGUGAGGAGCUGUGCGAGGCGGGGCUCUAUGGGAAGGGAUGCCAGCUAGAGUGCCAGUGUCUCAACGGUGCCACCUGCCAUCACGAGACCGGAGAGUGCCUCUGUGCACCGGGAUACACCGGGGCUAUCUGUGGUGAGCGGUGUCCCUCUGGUAGUCAUGGCGCCCAGUGUGAGCUGCGUUGCCCGUGUCAGAACGGUGGAACGUGCCAUCACGUCACGGGGGAGUGCUCCUGCCCCGCUGGAUGGAUGGGCUCGGUGUGUGCCCAGCCGUGCCAGUUUGGCACCUACGGCAUCAACUGUAGCCAGGAGUGCCCCUGCCGGAACAGAGGUCUCUGUGAUCACGUCAGCGGGCAGUGCCAAUGUACAGCCGGCUACAGCGGAGAGAGAUGUCAGGAGGAGUGUCCGGGGGGGUCGUACGGUCCUCAGUGUUCACAUAAGUGUGACUGUCAGAACAGAGCGAGGUGUUACCAUGUCAACGGGGCCUGUCUGUGUGACGAGGGGUUCAAAGGUCCGAGCUGUCAGGACAGGUUCUGUCCCUCUGGACUGUAUGGACUCAUCUGUGAUAAAUACUGUCCCUGUAAUACCUCAAACACACUCAGGUACCGUCUGUAUGGACUCAUCUGUGAUAAAUACUGUCCCUGUAACACCUCAAACACACUCAGGUACCGUCUGUAUGGACUCAUCUGUGAUAAAUACUGUCCCUGUAACACCUCAAACACACUCAGGUACCGUCUGUAUGGACUCAUCUGUGAUAAAUACUGUCCCUGUAACACCUCAAACACACUCAGGUACCGUCUGUAUGGACUCAUCUGUGAUAAAUACUGUCCCUGUAACACCUCAAACACACUCAGGUACCGUCUGUAUGGACUCAUCUGUGAUAAAUACUGUCCCUGUAACACCUCAAACACACUCAGGUACCGUCUGUAUGGACUCAGCGAUAAACUGCCAUCCGUUGUCGGGGGAGUGUGCGUGUGCGGCGGGGUGGGCGGGUCUGUUCUGCAACGAGACCUGUCCGUCAGGUUACUAUGGCGAGGGAUGUAA